CCGGUCUCGAGGUUACAGACUACACGACACUGAUCGGCGCCGACGGGAAGAUCACGAAUGCUCCCUUGCACUUGAUCACACCGACUGAGCGUUUUUGUAAAACUUCUUGUGAAAACAUGAAUUUCAACAACGGCUAUUUCUGCUGGGCUUAUACUUGGAACAAUGUGACCAAGUGUUACCUGCACUUCUAUACGAAACCUUUGAUCGUGGCCCAACCGGAACUGAAGGCGCAGCACACUGGGGAGUCCCUAAAUAUCAGGAGCUGUACUGAAAACGAGGGGCUCGAGUCGAGAACAGGUGUAAAUUAUAUAACCAGCCAUAACGAUACCGGUCUGCUGAGGUGCAAAGACGGAGUGAGCUUGAACGAAUGUGACACAGACACGCUAGCAUCCCGCAUACAUAGCUCAGACAGGAGCCCUUUGGUGCUGACUGCGUCCCUCGUACCAUUGAUGAUCGUCCUAGUUACCGUAACCAUCGUCAGUGGCGUCCUCAUCAGAAGGAAGUUCUUAAACAGCAAACAAGUCGCACCCGUAGGGCCCAAAAUAAAUCAGCCCUGAGUCGUGUUUGACUUUGUGUUGAUGAUUUAACUGUUAGUAAUUAACAUGAUAUAUUUAUAUAAUAACAUGGCAUACUAUUCGUGGUAGCGAUUUCGUUCGACAUAAUCCACCAAUAAUUCAUAAUUUAUCAAUUAGCUUUCUGUAAACAUAACUUAACGUAGCAAAUUCAUAUAUACUGUAAUAUCUUAAGUAAACGAAUUUCAUUGAUUUUAAUUUAGGAGUAUGUAAUUUAGUUUUGUUUGCAACUGAAAAUGUUGGCUGAUUUACAUAAAAUUGACAAUAUAUUGUAUUUUUUUCAGCAUCCAAACAUUGAUUAAAUUCUGACCCAUGUAUUGUUAAAGCCUAACCGGAAUGGGUUUAUUUUACAACUUCAUUUU